AGCUGGCGAUACAGUUCAAUACCCGUGGAGUGUCUGCUAAACGGAAAACUCUUGCCCUUUUGUGUGUGAAGCUUUGGACUCUUUUGUACUGACGAAAAUAUUUUGUAUUGACGAAACUGUAUAGCCUAAAACUUUUUGAAAAUGCAGUUCAAUGUGUUGUGUGCUGUGAUCACAUUUGGACACAAUGCGUACAGUAAGCGAUAUUGUUAAAGUCGAGGGCGAAGAGGGGGAGUGACGUAGUUGGUGACGUCAUCACAAGGACGAAAUAUGCAAAGUGGAUAUGAGCCCUCGUUUGGUGGAGGAGGAGCAGGAGGAGGAGGAGGAGGAGGUGGACGAGGAUAUCGUCUGCAUGCAAAUAUGACCUCGGAUGAGAGAGACGCGCAGCUGAGAGGUCGCGCGGAGCAGCUUCAAGGAGAACUCAGCUGGCAGGCGCAGAUGAAGAAACAGUUGGAUGAAGAAAAGAGGAAAAAGGAAGAACUGGAGGACAGGCUGAUGGAGGAGAAUAUGAAGAGGCAACAGGAGAGGAUGAAGGCGGAGUAUGAGGCGGAACAGGAGAAAAGGAGGAGAAAAGAGGAAGAGCAAUCCCGUCGUCGCGAAGCCCAGCUGAAGCACAUGGAGCGGCUACAGCAGGAGGCCGCGGAGAAGAAGAAGGUGCAGAGGGCGAGGACCUUGGCAGCCGCUGACGAAGCCGCGUCCUCUCUGCCCACCUCCUCCAGGCACAGCACCCGCGACGAACGCAACUUGCAGAAGGCCAACAGCCUGCCGGACGGGAAGAAGAGAUUCGCAAACCAGGACAACGACUUCGGUCUCAAUCUCAAGUCCGACUCGAGGCUGUUAGCAGCCAGAGCACCUAACAAGUUCUUUGAUGCACCGACCACACCUGUCAAAAUGCCCAGGACAAGUGACGACCGGAAACGACCGAAGCCCUUAACACCGGCAGUCCCAGUUCCUCAGAAGGGCUAUAACCGUCGGUCUCAAAAGCCGGAAUACACACCUGGCGCUGUCGUCGACCUCCCGCCAGUCGAGACAACGGAGAGCCCAGGGCACGCCAGCCGACCAGACGAGCCUCAAAAGGGGCAUGUGAACACUCUUGAGGUUCAGACAACCCCACCUUCCAGGGAACACACAGAGAUCCAGACAGCGAAGCCACAACAUUCCGACAUGGAGAUACAAACCACUCCGGCGUUGGACCAAUGGGAGGCGGAGAGGAAGCGCGAGGAGCCACGCCCCCCCGUGGUGCGAGGCCCGCCCUUCGACUGGAAGAUCCACAUCCAGGACAUGUCGGAGGAGGAGAAGGCCAAGUUGGAGAAGAUGUCCGAGGAGGAGACCAAACACUUUGUCGAAGAGAACCAAGACCUCCUGAGCCAGCUGUCUGCCAUGAAAGUCAAUCUACGGUCUGCCGGGCCUGGUCGACAACAAGGAGAAGACGGGAAACCCAACAGCGACGGGAAACCCAACAGCACCGGUAAAGACACGGACUCGGGCAUAGGCGGAGGAAGCAGCCCGGAUAAGGACAAGGGCAAACAAAAUACACUAGGAACAUCGAACACUAUUCCAGCAGGGUCGAGCGAUGAUGUCGAUUACUUACGCGUUGUCUCCGGCAGGCCAGAUGAUAAAAAUAACCCAAGGAGGCGAGAACAAUCCUAUCUCGAUCUGAACGACUCUUCCGGGACGACCAUCCGCAAGUUCUUAGAACACACUAGAGCACGGUCCAAGGAAUCAUAGAGAGGCACUUCUAGAGUAACUGUCAUCACUACUACUACUACGGAUAACUAUUACAACGACUGCUACUACAACUACUACUUCUACAAUAACCAUCACAAUGACUACAACGACAUUUACUACAACUUACUACCGGGAGAUAACUACUGUUAUGACACUCCAACUUCACCCAUGACUACCUCGCUCUCGUUGUCCCGGAGGCAAACGACUGCAGAAGGUAUUUUACGCUGAUUCUUCGUCCAUUACUCUUCCAAUGGUCGAACUCAUUCAUGAAAAGUUGAUGGCAGGUAUAUAUGAUCCUUUGAAGUACCAGCUGGCAUGGUACUAGACUCUUACGUGUAACCUGAUGAUUCCACCUGCAGUCAAUUGUAUUUUAUGAAUGGGAAUCACGCCCAAGUAGUAGUAAUAGGGUGAUAACAAUGAGAUCGCAGAGAGGAGACGGAGAGGGAGAAGGAGAAAGCUAGAGCGAGAGGAAGAAUGGAAAAAAAAGAAAUGUCGAGAAAGAAAACGAAAAAGAUGGCGUCUCAUUUACAUAUCCUGUUUAAUAUACGUUGAUAACUACAGGCUGCAAAUAUCCAAGGUUGUUAUAUUUAUGUAUAUUACAAUACAGUAAACCAAUUGC